GCUGAAGACGGGCUAACGGAGCAGUACGACCUCUAUGACAUGUCUUUCGCACAGGCCCUUUUGGAUGCAAUGGAGAAAAAGCUCGAUGAUAACAAUAAUUCGGAUUCUGAUCUACUAAGCACUUAUUUGGGAUCUGCCCUUAAGCUAUGCACGGCAAGCAAGGAGGCACGUCGUUAUUGCAGACUCAAGAUUUUACCUCCUCUCGUUGCUGCCGAUGUCGCUCGACGCCCUGACGAAGGUGAUUCUCUCAGAAACAAGAUCGUUCGUGUGAUGAUGAGCCCUGCGUUUUCAAAAGAUCUUGCCUCCGAGUUCAUGUUUGUACUUUGUAAAAGAUCAGUCAGCCGACUGAUCAAGUACACUGGUCUUGGACAUUCUGCGGGACUUCUGGCUAACUGUGGCCUUCUCGGGCACAUAAAUCUUCCCAAGAGUGCCUCAGAUAGUGAGGACUCAGAAACGGAGGAGUACAAAGCUGUCGAAGACAGCGAAGAACAAAAGGAAUAUGAAGCAAUGAAGCUGGUGGAUGCCAUGAAUAAACUGAUGAAUACUGGUCAGUUUUUCGUCGAGCUUAAUUCAAGAGCAUCGCAACAAUCCUUCCUGCUGACAAGUGUAGUGAAGCCAGGCACUAUUGGAGAAGAUGGUCGUCCGAAAGCUGUAGGUCAUGUGCUGGAGCUUGUGAAGGAUGUUCCUGAUGAAGAACCUGCAUCUGACAGUGAAUAA